UUCAUUUGCAUCCAAGCUAUCAAGCUUGCUAUACAUUUAGCAUCUUCUUCUUCUUCGACCAAUAAUCAAUGCCGGCGCCGAGCAACUUCCUCAAGUCCAUGGCCGCCGCCGCCGCCGCGAAGCACGGAGGAGGAGGAGGGGGAGGGGGAGGAGAGCACCACCCGGCCGCCACGGCGGCGAGGAAGCAGCAGCAGCACGCCGUGGGCUUCCCGAGUCUGUCCACGUCCAGCAAGGCGCUCGUCCUGCUCCCGCUCCUGCUCCUCGCCUUCAUCUACCUCUUCGUGUACCCCAAGGAGUUCGAGCUGCAGUCGCUGAUGAGCUCCUGCGUCCCGCCGCCGGGCACCUACACCGCCGCCGGCAACCUGUCGUCCACGUCCGCCAUCGCGUACGCCCGGAAGAAGCCGGACUUCCGGCUCCUCAUCGGCAUCCUGACGCGCGCCGACGUGUACGAGCGGCGCCACCUGCUGCGCAUGGUGUACGGGCUGCAGCUCGCCGCCGACCCCGCCCUCGCCGCGCAGGUGGACGUGCGGUUCGUCUUCUGCCGGCUCUACAAGGACGACCAGCGCGUGCUGAUCCCGCUGGAGAUCCUGGCGCACGGGGACGUGAUCGUGCUGGACGGGUGCGAGGAGAACCUCAACGGCGGCAAGACGCACACCUUCUUCUCCGCCGUGGCGGAGCUCUACGCCGACGCGCCCUACGACUACGUGAUGAAGGCGGACGACGACAUCCUGAUCCGGGUGCCGGCGCUGGUGACGUCGCUGGGGGCGAUGCCGCGGGAGGACAUGUACUACGGCGCCACCAUCCCGUGCAACAGCAUGGACCCCGGGAGGGGGUACAUGUCCGGGAUGGGGUACGCGCUGUCGUGGGACCUGGUGCAGUGGGUGGCCGGCGCCGGCGAGGUCACCCGGGGGCGCACGGUCGGGCCGGAGGACAGGAUGACCGGGGAGUGGCUGAGGGUGGGCGGGAAGGGGCGCAACAGGUUCAACGCCAAGCCGGCCAUGUACGACUACCCGCUGCCGGUGCCCGUGGACCAGUGCUCCCACGAGUUCGUGCCCGACACCAUCGCCGUGCACCGCCUCAAGGACAACCCGCGCUGGGCGCACGCCCUCGGAUACUUCAACUUCACCGCCGGGCUCAAGCCCUCCAAGUUCUACAAGUUCGACCCCUAGUUGUUUCGCCGUUAUUUUUGGUUCAGUUUUUUACAUUUAAAAAAAGAGUUGCUACCUGUACCUAUAUAUCAUCAUUGAUUUUGGAGAAGCUUGUAUGAACAA